UAAGCGGCGCGAGCCGGGAGGCUGCUCACGUUCGGGAGCGGGGGUGGCUCCGGGGCCUGAGCUGGCGCUGCUACCGCUGCCGCCCAGAGCAGCGGACUGAAGAGGAGGAAGAGGAGGAGGAAGAGGAGGAGGAGGAGGACGCUCCAGUCGCACCGCCGGCGGCGGAGAUCCCCCCGGGAAGAUGAUUGAGGAAAGUGGGAACAAGAGGAAGACCAUGGCAGAGAAGAGGCAGCUGUUUAUGGAAAUGCGUGCUCAGAAUUUUGAUGUCAUCAGACUAUCAACAUACCGGACAGCUUGCAAACUAAGAUUUGUACAAAAAAGAUGUAAUUUGCACCUUGUUGAUAUCUGGAACAUGAUUGAAGCCUUCCGAGACAAUGGCCUUAACACACUGGACCAUAACACUGAGAUUAGUGUGUCCCGUCUGGAAACUAUCAUUUCAUCUAUCUACUACCAGCUGAACAAACGCCUUCCUUCUACUCACCAGAUCAGUGUGGAACAGUCAAUCAGCCUUCUUCUCAACUUCAUGAUUGCAGCUUAUGACAGUGAGGGCCGAGGAAAGUUGACGGUAUUUUCAGUUAAAGCUAUGUUAGCAACCAUGUGUGGUGGAAAAAUGCUGGACAAAUUAAGAUAUAUUUUCUCUCAGAUGUCAGAUUCCAAUGGCUUAAUGAUAUUUAAUAAGUUUGACCAGUUUCUGAAGGAGGUUUUGAAGCUCCCUACCGCUGUUUUUGAAGGCCCUUCUUUCGGGUACACAGAGCAUUCAGUACGAACAUGUUUUCCACAACAGAAAAAGAUAAUGCUAAAUAUGUUUUUAGACACAUUGAUGGCUGAUCCUCCUCCCCAGUGCCUUGUCUGGCUACCUCUCAUGCAUAGACUUGCCCAUGUUGAAAAUGUCUUCCAUCCUGUGGAGUGUUCAUAUUGCCGGUGUGAAAGUAUGAUGGGUUUCCGCUAUCGAUGCCAGCAGUGCCACAACUACCAGCUCUGCCAAAACUGCUUUUGGCGAGGCCAUGCUAAUGGCCCUCAUAGCAACCAACACCAGAUGAAGGAACAUUCCUCUUGGAAAUCACCUGCAAAGAAGCUGAGCCAUGCAAUUAGUAAAUCUCUGGGUUGUGUGCCCACAAGGGAGCCCCCACAUCCUGUUUUUCCUGAGCAACCAGAGAAGCCACUCGACCUUGCACAUAUAGUCCCUCCUCGCCCCCUGACCAACAUGAAUGAUACUAUGGUUAGUCAUAUGUCCUCUGGAGUUCCCACUCCCACCAAAAGGUUACAGUAUAGCCAGGAAAUACCCAGUCACUUGGCUGAUGAGCAUGCACUGAUAGCUUCCUAUGUGUCGCGUCUACAGCACUGUGCACGUGUCCUGGACAGCCCCAGCCGACUGGAUGAAGAACACAGGCUUAUUGCCCGAUAUGCUGCUCGGCUUGCUGCAGAGGCAGGAAAUGUAACCCGUCCCCCAACUGACCUCAGCUUUAACUUUGAUGCGAACAAACAGCAAAGGCAGCUUAUUGCAGAACUGGAAAACAAAAACAGAGAAAUCCUUCAAGAGAUUCAGCGCCUCCGCUUGGAGCAUGAGCAAGCUUCUCAGCCAACCCCUGAGAAGGCUCAGCAGAACCCCACACUCUUAGCAGAGCUGCGGCUACUUAGGCAGAGGAAGGAUGAAUUGGAACAGAGAAUGUCUGCACUUCAGGAAAGCAGGAGAGAGCUGAUGGUGCAGCUAGAAGGGCUCAUGAAGUUGCUGAAGGAAGAAGAACAAAAGCAGGCAGCCCAGGCCACAGGAUCCCCACACACAUCUCCAACUCAUGGAAGUGGCCGCCCGAUGCCUAUGCCUGUCCGCUCAACAUCUGCUGGCUCUACUCCUACUCAUGGGCAACAGGACUCACUGAGUGGAGUUGGAGGAGACAUACAGGAAGCCUUCGCACAAGGUACGAGGAGAAACCUCCGCAAUGAUCUGCUUGUGGCUGCUGAUUCCAUCACCAACACCAUGUCAUCUCUAGUGAAGGAACUCCAUUCAGCGGAGGAAGGUGGAGUGGAAGAGGAGGAGAAGAUACAGAAUGGGAAAGACAGAGGUUAGCCAGGAGAAAAUGGACCAAGAGGUAGCACAACAGAUCUGUCCUGCAGAGACUCAGAGGACAACAGAGCAAGCUGGCAU